AUGCAGUUCAGCACCCUCCUCUCCAUCUCACUCCUCGUCCUGGGCGCCUCGGCUCAGAUUUCGGGUCCCAACGGCAAGCGUUUCUGCGCCGGUGCCGCCAUCUCGUGCCAAUACAAGAAGGGCCGCUGCGCCAACGCCUGCAGAGAUACCGCCAACGACUUCCAGAACGGCAACGCCCCCGUCGCCCCCAUCUACGACACCGUUUGCUCGUGCCCCGAUGGCCAGCCCGGCAACGAGUACACCGGCGCCGCCUGCAUCGAUCUCAUCCGCUGGGCACAGCGUCACAAGUGCUAA